UGGAGUAUUUUUGAGGUGACGUACGAAAAUCCGCGCGGGAGAAAUGGUAAACUAUAUAAGAGCUUAGAAAGGACGAUUAUGUUUAUAUUAUUGUUGGAGUUCCAAAGUGAAAUAGUGUUUGGUGUAGACUAAGAAAUGGCUUUUCUUUAUAAACUGGUAUACUGCGUUGCUAUUAUCACAGUAGCAAAAGCGAGACCGACGACAAAAAGCCCCAAGCCCUACCAAACCGAAGAAACCGAUGACAGCUACAACCCCCGCCCCUACGACGAGCCCAUCACCUACGAGACCUUCGCCAUACCGACCAACCUCCAACUGCCCAAAUCCGAGUCGGCCCAAGUCCCCUUUUACGUCCCUGACAUCACCACAGCCCUGAAAGCCCCCCAGUACAACUCCGAGCCCAACUACUACCAAGUCCCCAUUCCGGCGCAAGACCUCGUCGCCCCCUCGGAAACCGCCUGGAACCCCGACAAUGACCCCAAAUUCUUCUACGAAGUUCCAGCCUCCCUCACCCAACAAAACAUCCCCACCAACCUCUACCCCAAGAAAUUUAACAAAGAUGUCCACGUUAAAAGCAAGCCCUACUCUAGCAAACCCAAGCAAGAGAUCGUUUUGGAACCCAUCAACGAGAAACAGUUCCUUGCCAAACAGAAGAGUUUGACUAAAGUUUACGAUAAUUUGGCGAAGAAAGAAAAUCAGAAAGAUCUUCAGUCACAACAGGCAGUUCAGAUAUGAAGAAAGAGA